CUUCUCUCUCGCAAAAGCCCACUGAAAAUCAAAUUGAUUUCCAUGACUUGCUUCAGCAAUCUCUGAAGUCCUUCCGCUCGAUCGUUUUUUUAAUUUUUUGGUUUCCUGAAGAAAUUCCAUCUGCAUGACAGUAAAUGGCGUCCGAUUCUCCAAGUUCAGAUCGCAAAAUCGUUGUCCACUUGAGGGCCACCGGCGAUGCUCCUAUUAUGAAGCAAGCUAAAUUCAAGAUUUCUGGGGCAGAAAAAUUUGCCAAAGUGAUUGACUUUCUCUGCCGACAACUUCACCGGGAGACGUUGUUUGUCUAUGUAAACAGCGCCUUCUCACCCAACCCAGAUGAAAUGGUGAAUGAUCUGUAUGAGAAUUUCGGCUUUGAUGGUAAACUCAUCGUUAAUUAUGCUUGUUCUAUGGCAUGGGGCUAAAUAUGAGUAACAUCUGCCAAUGUAUCUGUACAUAAAUUCAAGUGCACAAUUCAUUACACAAAGAAAGAUGCCAUCUGCUGUUAGACACGGGAUUCCCAUAAAAAAAUCUUAGUUGAAGUACAGAACCCGCAUGUUUAUUACAUAUUUCUAUCUGUUUGUCAUCAUUUGGUUAUGAACAAAGCUAGGUGGGAAUAUUUCAUCCAACAAGAAUGUGAUUUGACAGGAGUUGUACUGGGCCAUUAUUUUGGUAUUGAUGUUUGUUCGUGUUAGCUGGCAUCUCCUUUUUAUAUCAUGUUGGUUAUCAUUCCUACUGUUUAAUUCUAUCACCUAAUGGAACUUUGAGGAUAUCACUGAGUUGACAUUGUGAG